AUGUAUGAGGCGAAAUGUCUAGACGUCAAAGUGAAAGAAGAUGGUGUAAUGUAUUUUGUGCAUUACCAAGGUUGGAAUAAAAACUGGGAUGAAUGGGUGACAGAGAAACGUAUGUUCAAGUAUAAUGAAGAGGGUUUGAGGAAACAAAAAGAAUUAGAGCGACAAAUAAAAUCGGGCAAGGUUAAAGUUUUGAGGAAGUCCGACUUAAAGUCACAGUCAUUGCCACCUCCAGAAGUCCUGGAGGACGUGGAACGGACAUUGAAGCCUGGUCAAGUGAAACAAGAGGAAGAUGCUCCUAAGGCCAAGAGCGUAAAGACCAACAAAGAAACCAACGGGAAAACUGAUACUCGUGUACCUGCUGAUUUGAAAGAGACUGAAGAUAUUAAACCACCCAUUAAGUGUUGUGAAGAUGCAAACACACCGUCUACUCAAUCUGUCACAGUAUCAAGUAGGAGAAGGAAAGGCCGAGUGUCAUCAGUGCUGAAGUCUCUUGAAAAUGAAGAUGGCCUUCUGUCUCAGCCUCGUUUAUCGAUGUCACUGCCUCUAUCUUUGAAAUCUUGGCUUAUCGAUGACUGGGAUUUGAUUACUCGUCAAGCUCGGCUUUAUGAACUGCCUGCCUCUCAGCCAAUAUGUAAUGUUUUAUCAGACUUCUUAGAAGCUUCUGAGGCUGAAAUUAGUCAGAAGUCAGAAUCAACUGGUGAAAUAAAAGAAGACUGCACUUCUUCUGAACCUGAGAACUCUCAGCUGACUACUACUACUACUACUAAGUUGCCAAUAAAUCCGCGUGUACGGCGUGAAUUUGUUGUUGGAAUUCAGCAUUUUUUCAAUCUUACUAUUGGUUCUCAUCUUUUAUACAAAUUUGAACGAUUACAAUAUGCUGAGCUAUUGAAACAUCAUAGAGAUAAGAGAAUGUCAGAUAUUUAUGGUUCAAUUCAUUUGUUGAGGUUGUUUGUUAAACUCCGAGAUAUGGUUUCAUGCGUCCGAGUCGAUGCGCAUAGUCUCCCUAUGCUAGAAGCUUCAGUUGCUAAGUUUUUGCAGUUUCUGCUACAAAAUGAAAGCCGUUACUUCCGAAUUGAGGAUUACAGUGUGGCGACGGCAGAAUAUCAACGAAGAGCGAUGUGUUAA